UGCACAGCAGCUUUUGUGUUGUCACUCUUCAUCCUCUUAUCUUGGUUUUAGUUUGCUCCACUUCUCAAAACAAAAAGAAAGAAAGAGUUUGAUACUUUCCACUUUACGCCAUUAAUUUUCGUUGCAGUCAUCUCUUAGUUUGGUUCUGCUUUACUCGAUCUAGUUCUUUUUUUAAAAAAGAAAAAAAAAUCAAACUUUUUACCUUAAUUUUCGUUGCAGAUUUUUGUGUUCGUAUCCUAUCCUUUUAGUUGUACUCUGCUCCACUUUUCAAAAAAAGAAAAAAGAAAAAAAAAAGUAGGUAAGUAUUUUAAGCUUCUCACUCCUGCUCUCAUUUACUAUAGCGAUUAUCCUUGAUCUGUGAAGUCAUGGAAGAAAAACCUACAAAAAUUGUAGUGUGAAGGAGAGAGUUUGUUUGCUCUGUUUUACAUAUCAAGGCUUAUAACAAAGCAGGCUGCUCUGGAAUAGUUUGAUAUCCUAAAGAGAGAGUUUGUUGGCUCUGUUUUACUUAUCAAGACUUGUAGUGAAGGGAAAAGAAGAAGGUAUAGCCAACUGUUCAUGGUUACUGCUACUCAACAAAGUGACUGUCCGAGCGGAAAACAAAACAAGCUAUUCUGGAAUAGUUUGAUAUCGUAAGGACAGAGCUUUCAGCUUUCUUGUGUAUCGCACUAACGGCACACGUGAAGACGGAAGGAGACCAUUAUCUUCAGUAAUAUUUCAAACAUAGAGCAACCAUCCUUGAUCUGCUAAGUCAAAGGAGUAGAAGAGAAACUAGCUCAAAUUGUAGUGUGAAGGAGAGAGUUUCAUUUUAAUUUUCUCUACUUAUCAAGACUUGUAACAAAGCGAAAAGAAGAAGGUAUCACUAAGUGUUCACGUUUACUGAUACUCAGAUAGAAAGGAAAACAAGCUACUCUGGAAUAGUUUGAUGUCCUAAAGAGAAAGCUUUCAGCUUUCCUUUGUAUGCCGGCGUGAAGACAGUAGAAGACUAAUUAUCUUCAUCAAUAUUCCAAAGACAGAGAGACCAUCAUUGUUCUGCCAAGUCAAAGGAAUAGAAGAAAAACCUGCUAAAAUUUUAGUGUGAAGGAGAGAGUUUGCUCUACUUAUCAAGACUUGUAACAAUGGGAAGAGAAAAAGGUAUCGUCAACUAUUCAAUCUACUGAUACUUAUUAGCAAAGUGACUGUCCGUGUGGAAAACAAGCUGUUCAGGAAUAGUUUGAUAUCCUAAAGACUAAAGAGAGAGGUUUCAGCUUCCUCCCCAGCCCACGUGAAGAUAGUAGAAGACUAAAUUAUCUUUCAUUAAUAUUCCAAAGACACAGAUAGCAGCCCAACCCAAGAAGCACAAAAAAAAAACACAGACCAAUCAGAAGCACAAAAUGGAGGUUCUUACGGAGACCGUUAAAGUGAUCGUUGAAAAAGUUGUGGGCUACGCAAUUGGAGCAGUAGCACGUCAGAUGGGUUAUCUGAUUCACUUCAAAAGAAAUGUUGAGAAUCUCAGCAACAAAGUUGGCGAUCUCGAAGACGCUAGAAAGAUUGUGGAACAUAAGGUUGAAGCUGCUAGAAUGAACGUAGAAGAAAUUGAAGCUAACGUCCAGAGGUGGCAGACACGUGUUCAGGGGAUCACUGCAGAGGUACAAGAAUUUGUUGAAAAGGAAGGCCAAGCAAAGUUGAAGUGUUUUAAUUUGAAGGCCCGUUAUCAGAUUGGAAAAAAAGCACAGAAGAUGGGAUUGGCCGUCAAGGAACUCAAGGUUACGGCCGACACGUUCCAUACAGUAGGCCACCGUGUCCCUAUAGAAGGGGGUACUACAAUUUCAACUAAAGGUUAUGAGGAAUUUGAAUCAAGAAAAUCAAUUUUUGACGGAGUUAUGAAGGCUCUAAAAGAUGAUAAUAUUCCUGCCAUUGGGGUUUGUGGGAUGGGCGGCUUGGGCAAGACCAUGCUUGUUGGAAAAAUUGCAACGCAAGCCAUAAAAGACAAGUUAUUUGAAAGGAUUGUUACAGUAGUUGUAUCCCAAACUCCAAACUUGAAACAGAUUCAGAAAGACAUUGCAAAAGAAUUAGAGUUGAAGUUUAAAGAUGAGGACACUGAUUUUCAAAAAGCACAUUUGCUACGUGAGAGGUUGAAGAAAGAGAAGGUCCUUUUAAUUGUAGAUGAUAUUUGGAACAAGAUUGACUUGGAUGCUCUUGGAAUUUCUUUUGGGGAUGAUCGCAAAGGAAGCAAACUAUUGCUAACAUCUAGAUUUCAAGAUGUAUUGGACAAGGAUAUGGAUGCUCAAGAGAUAUUCCAAGUUGGAAUUUUAUCAGACAACGAAGCUAAAUUCUUGUUUGUAAAGAUAGCAGGCGAUUUUUCUGAAACAAUGGAAUUCCAAUCUACCAUGGUUGAGGUUGUCAAAGAAUGUGCAGGUUUACCAAUUGCCAUUACAACUGUUGCGAAUACAUUGAAAAAGCAAAAGAAUCUAGAUAUAUGGAAGGAUGCCGUGGGUCAAUUAAAAAGGGCAAAUCCAACACAGAUCAAAGAGAUGCAUGAGAUGGUAUACUCAAGUAUAAAGUUGAGUUACGAUUUUUUAACUAAGGAAGCGCAAUCUUUGUUCUUGUUCUGCAGUAUAUUUGAAGAAGAUAAGGUCAUACAAAUAGAUCUCUUAUGGAGAUAUUUGGUGGGUUUGGACUUCUUUGAGGAUGUUUAUACAGUGGAAGAAGUGAGAAAUAGGGUCUACGCAUUGGUCAAUAGUCUAAAAGAUUCUUGCUUGUUGUUGGAAGGUACUGGAAGUGGUACAUUUAAAAUGCAUGACGUCAUUCGUGAUGUUGCCAUUUAUAUUGCAGACAAAGAGGAGAAAAUGUCAACCAUAAGAAGUUUAGAAGGUCCGGAAAAAUGGUUAAAUAUUAAAAAAUGGGAAGAUUCUUUUGGAAUCGCACUUUUUGAUGUUGACUUUAAGGAGCUUCCUGAAGGGUUCGGAUGUCCACAACUUAAGUUCAUUUUUUUGGGUAAUAGAAGAGUUUUAAGGCCACCAAUUUCUAAUAACGUUUUUGAAGGAAUGAAAGAGCUUAGAGUUUUAGUUUUGAUUAACGCAAGUCUUUCGAAUCUUUCAUCCAUUUCAGGCCUUCACAAUCUCCAAAGUUUAUUUUUGGAUGGGUGUAAGUUGGAAGACGUGGCUUUAAUUGGAGAAUUGAAGAAUUUGAGAGCUCUUACCCUAUCAAAUUCCAACAUAAAGCAGUUACCCAUGGAAAUAAGGCAAUUGACUCGCCUUCAAUUGUUGAAUUUGAACUAUUGCUUCAACCUUGAAGUCAUUCCAUCCAAUGUAUUUUCAGAUUUGAGAGGGUUAGAAGUACUGUAUAUGAAUCGUAGCUUCAAUCAAUGGCAUGUUGAUGGCGAAAUCACAGAAAGAAACAAUACUAGGGUCUCUGAGUUAGACCAUAUGCCACUCUUGACCACAUUAUAUAUACAUAUCCCCAAUCCUAAGAUUCUACCAAAAGCCUUACUUUUUGAGAAAUUGAAAAGAGAUGAAAUAUUAAUAGGCAAUUAUUCGGAUUGGGAUGGGUAUUGGCACGAUGAGUUUGAAGUCUCAAGAACGUUGAAACUUCAACUUGAUAGAGGCUUGCAAAUAGACGAUGGGAUUAAAGUUUUAUUGAAAAGCUGUGAAUAUCUUGAUCUGAAUCCUAAGGAGGGUAUUAAAAAUAUUCUUUACGAAGUUGACAAGGAAGGUUUUCCACAAUUAAAGCAUCUCUAUGUUCGAAACAGCACUGAGAUUCAAUACAUCGUUAACUUGAUGGAGUUUAAAUGUGUUGCAUUUCCUGUUUUACAGUCACUUUCUCUAUAUAAUAUAGAAAAUCUUGAAGAAAUAUGCCACGACCAAGUUCCAAUGGGGUCUUUCCUUAGCUUGAAAAAGUUAAAAGUAAGGAAAUGUGAAAAGUUGACAUCUGUCUUCUCCUUAACUAAGUUUGGAUGCUUUUCUCAACUUCAAGAAAUAAAGAUUGAAGAUUGCAAGGUCAUGUUUGCAAUUUUUUCAAAGGAAAGAAAACACGAGAUACAAGUCAACCACGACAUCAGAACGGAUAUAAUUGACUUCACUCAAUUGCGUUCUUUGUAUCUACAAAACUUACCAAAUUUGGUGGGUUUCCAUCCUGAUGCUGAUUCUCAGCUGCUUUUCAAUGAAAAGGUUGCAUUUUCUAACUUGGAGGAAAUAUACAUCAAAGGCAUAGAUAACCUGAAGAUGUUAUGGCACAAUCAUCAACUCGUUCCAGAUUCCUUUUGCAAAAUAAAAAAGUUGCAUGUUGGCAGUUGUAAAAAUCUAAUGAACAUUUUUCCUCCUAAUAUGUUGAGAAAACUCCGGAAUCUUGAAGAAUUAACGAUAAAGGAUUGCAAUUCGGUAGAAGAGGUCUUUGAGGUUAGAGGGGAAAAUGUUGAUGAAAUAUGUGAUAAGGGAUCCACUCAGUUGAGACACCUGACUUCAAGCAAUUUACCGAAACUUAAGCAUGUAUGGACUUCGGAUCCUGAAGCAAUUUUAACAUUUCAAAAUCUGCAUAAAGUUAAAGUUUCUCAGUGUAAAACUCUGAAAAGUCUAUUUCCAAUCUCGGUGGCCAAAAGUCUUGAACAACUUGAGAGUCUACUUGUAAAUGAUUGUGGAUUAAUGGAGGAAAUUGUUGCUUUGGAAGAAGGAUUGGAAAUAACGACUGAGUUUGUGUUCCCACGAAUAACCUCUCUAAGUCUUGAAUUGUUGCCUGAACUCAAGUAUUUCUAUCCUGGAAAGCACACUUCAAAGUGGCCAUCAUUGAAAGUUUUGAAGAUAUGCAAAUGCAACAAAGUGAGGAUUGUUUUUUCGAAUGAAUUAAGCUUCCCAAAUACAGAUGGGUUGGACCAUCAUGUUCCAGUUCAACAGCCCCUCUUUCUUGUUCAAAAGGAUACAUUCCCUAACUUGAAAGAAUUGGAUUUGGAUUGGAAUGAAACCAUGAAUCAGACAAAUGGUCGACUUUUUGGAGAGUUCUUUUGCAAACUAGAAGUUCUCAGAUUGUACGGCAAAGAUGAUAAAUUGAUAGCAGUCCCUUCGGUAUUUGUUGAAGGAUUACGCUGUCUUAAGUCUCUUUCCGUCACUAAUCUUUUCUUCGAUAACGAAGGACAAUAUGCUGGGACGUUUGAACGUUUGACAGAGUUGAAACUAUAUAAAAUGCCCAAGUUGAUGCUUUUGUGGAAGGAAAACUCUGAACAAGGUAGGGCAUUUCAAAAUUUGGAGAUUCUGAGCGUAUCAGAAUGCGGUAGAUUAAAAAAUUUAGUUCCAUCCUCAAUGCAUUUCCGAAAUUUAAACAUUUUGAGUGUAUGGAAAUGUCAUGGGUUGAUUAGUUUUGCAACUUCCUCAACAGUCAAAAGUUUGGUCCAACUCAAAAGAUUGUAUAUAUCUGAAUGCAAAAGAAUGAGAGAAAUAGUCACAAACGAGGGAGAAGGUGAAGCAGGAGAUGAGAUUUGUUUCAAUCAAUUGGAAGGAUUGUACCUUGAAGAUUUACCCAGUUUGAGAAGCUUCCACUUGGGUAAUCGCACCAUCAAAUUCCCAUCACUGGAAGAUCUAAUUGUGGCCGUAUGCCCGGAAAUGAAGAUCUUCUCUAAUGGAGUCCUAAGCAUGCCGAAGCUAAAGAAAGUUGGACUGAACGAAAACGAAUGGUGGGCAGAGCAAAGAGAACUGUUACCAGAGGAAGAUGUGAAUAGCGCCGUAAAAAGAUUUUGGGAGGAAAACUAUGAUCCAUGCGUGCAACAACUAUUCACUGAGAAGACUGAUGCAAGCACAAGUGAGGCAGGAGAGAAAAAUGGUGUUGAUAACUUGGAGGAUGACUUAAAGGAAGAUUAAUCUUUUAAUUUAUUAAUGAUUCAAUUCUAGAACAUUAUAAAUAAUUUAUAUUGUAGUUGUUCAAUGUAGGUUCUAUAAGGUUCUAUUGUUGAACAUGUGAUGUAGUCUUUUUCUUUUUUGGGGGGUGUCAUGUAGACUUUAUUGGAUUGGACCAAAAAGUUUGCCGGAAUGUAUUGGUGUGUUGUGUAUAAGCCAUAAGGUUGAGACUCAUGUAGACUCAUAGUAGCUUUGUCAUGGGGCUUUGGAGCUAAGACAAGGCUAUUGUAUAGUCCAAGAAAUCAUACAAAGUUUUAUUAGUGAAA